AAGGCUGUUGUUAGUUCUCUGUUAAAUAAUUAAUAGUUUAGUACAGAUUAGCCUACUGGCAAAGAUUGGAAAAGAAGCUUUGUGCAUGUUUAGCAGAGUAUGUGUUAGUCACAGAGUUGAGAGAUACGAGUGUAUGGCAGUUUGUUAAGUUCUGAGAGGUUUAAGUAAAGUUGGUCAGGCGUGAAAUUUAGGAGGAAAUGUCUUCACUGUCAGAUAUGGAUUACAGCGGUCCUGUGUGCUCCCAGGUGCUCUGCAGUCAGCACAGUGAGAAACUCCAGCUCUUCUGUGAGGAGGAUAAACAGCCUGUGUGUGUGGUGUGUCGAGACUCCAAAAAACACGAUGGCCACUCGUUCCACACUAUUGUUGAAGCAGCACAGGAGCGUAGGGAGGAGCUCAAGAUCCAACUGCAGUUUUUACAGAAGAAACUGGAGACAUUUGAAGAAGACAUCUGUCACAAAACAGCAGCACAUAUUACGAGUCAGUCUGAGCUCACAGAGAGGUUGAUCAAAGAGGAGUUUCAGAAGCUUCACCAGUUUCUACAAGAUGAAGAGACAGCCAGGAUAGCUGCACUGAGGGAGGAAGAGAAGCAGAAGAGUCAGAUGAUGAAGGAGAAGAUUGAGAAGAUGAGCAGAGAGAUCUCAACUCUUUCAGACACCAUCAGAGCCAUAGAGAAGGAGAUGGAAGCUGAUGACAUCACAUUCGUGCAGAACUACGAGAGCACAGUGGUAAGAGCCCAGUGCACACAGGAUCCAGAAAGUGUUUCAGGAGCUCUGAUCAAUGUGGCAAAGCUUUUGGGCAACUUGAAGUUCAGAGUCUGGGAGAAGAUGCAGGAGAUUGCUCAAUACACUCCUGUGACUCUGGAUCCCAACACUGCACACCCAGAACUCAUCCUGUCUGAGGAUCUGACCAGUGUGAGAUGUGGUGAUGAGGCACAGAAGCUUCCUGAUAACCCAGAGAGAUUUGAUUUGUACUACAGUGUCCUGGGCUCUGAGGGCUUUAACUCAGGGACACACUGCUGGGAUGUGGAGGUUGGAGAGAACACAAGCUGGCAUGUGGGUGUGAUGACAGAGUCUCUCCAGAGGAAGAGAAACGUUCUCUCAGUGAGUGGAAUGUGGUGUGUGUGUUGUGAUCGUACUGUAUCAGCAUAUGCUCCUCCUCAUGACUCCACUCCCCUCACAGUGCAGCAGAAACUCCAGAGGAUCAGAGUGCAGCUGGACUGGGACGGAGGAAAGCUGUCAUUCUCUGACCCUGAUAAUAACACAGACAUACACACCUUCACAUACACUUUCAAUGAGAACGUUUUUCCAUACUUUUGGACUUCAGAGCCCUCUCCUCUUAAGAUUCUACCAGUAAAAGCAUGUGUUACACUGUAACAUCCCAGUUAGAUUGAAGUUAUAUCUUCUCUCUCACAUGGAUGAUAACAAUGCAAAACCUUGAUAGUGAAAGCUUGAAUUAUUACUACAAUUUCUGAAUAUGUUGAAGAAUUAAUGUUGAGAAAUAAUCUAGAAAUAAUAAUGAUUUUAUAAUGUUUGUAAAUUGGUAAAUUCAUGGCUUUGAUUAAAUGUUUACAUCAAGUGAUAGAACUUGGAAGUGACUAUCUGUGUGUUAGGAAGACGUUAAAACUGAGUUGACAAUAAACCGAAACUGUGUUUGAGGAUAACCAUCUCUUUCGUGAGUCUUUAGAAAGUGAAUAAUCCACACAUUUAAAACAUAUGAUUGUUAGAUUUGAUUGCCUGUCUUCAACUAAACAAGGAUCAUUACUGUUCU